AAUGUUAGGGAGAAGGAAGAGAAUGUGAAGGUGAAUGUUAGGGAGAAGGAAAAGAAUGUGAAGGUGAAUGUUAGGGAGAAGGAAAAGAAUGUGAAGGUGAAUGUUAGAGUGAAGACAGGAACGAAAACAUUGGUAUAUGCAAAGUUUGCUGAAACGCUCCAGAAGGACGUUAAUAUAUUUGGUUACAUUUUGAAUCGUUUGCCGCCAAGUAUGGAGUUUACGCUGGAAGGGAAAGCUAUUGAACACAGUACAGGGAAUACCAUCGUAACACUACAGUGCAAGAGUAAGCGUAUUGCCCAGAGCCUAAAGACUGAACUCCACAAAGGAAAUCGCAUCUCGGAAACAAAAGUCUGGUGCUUUGAUACCCUAAUGGAAGCAACAGGACUUAACAUGAGAAGACAAGAUGAUAUUGAGAGUUUAUAUGAAAACUAUGUCCAACAAAUUUCUAAAAGAGCAGAAUCUGCCCUAGAGGAGCACUAUAGUAAGUUGUUUGCCGUUGAAUCUCGGUUACAAGUUCUUGAGAAGAAGAAAUCAAAAUUCAUAUCUUUUGCUGACUAUGUGUCACUGCGUAGUGAAAGAGAUGCUCUGGAAGAUAAGGAAAAAGAAUUAAAUUUACAAAAAGAUGAAUUUUUAAAGUGUCACAAAAAUACACUAUGUGAACUCUUUGAAGCAAAGGAGUCCAUAAAUUUUGAGAAAUGUGCAACAGACAUCCGACUCAAACUGGCCAUUGAGUGCAACAGACUUAAAAGUGCAUUUCCAAUUUAUGCGAGACGCUCUGAUAUUGUAGACACUGUGAAAAGUAAUCAAGUAUCGGUUAUUAUUGGAGAAACUGGCUCAGGAAAAAGCACUCAGAUAGCACCAUUUUUGUGUCAAGCAGGCUUAGCCGAAGGUGGAAUGAUCGCAUGUACACAACCCCGUAAGAUUGCAGCUACUAGCUUGGCAACACAUGUGGCCAAGGAAUUGGGAACACCAAUAGGACAAGUUGUGGGCUAUAAAGUAGGAAUGCAGACUAAGAAAUCAAAUAUAACAAAAGUUUUAUACUUGACAGAUCAUGUCCUGUUGAAUGAAUGUUUGCAAGAUCGGAAGCUUUCUGCCUUUUCUUGCAUCAUCAUUGAUGAAGCACAUGAACGCAGUAUCUACACAGAUCUUUUACUUGGAAUGAUCAAAGAGUGUCUACAGGCUAGACCAGAUCUUCGUCUGGUGAUCACCUCUGCUACCAUCAACCCAGAAAUAUUUGUUAAGUAUUUUAAACAGUGUCCUGUGUUGUCUGUGUCGGGUCGAAUGUUUCCAGUAGAGGUAGAAUGGAAAGAAAUGAUGGAAGACCUCGCCUUUAACAAUUAUCAAGAAGAAGCUUUAGGUAAAGCUAUUGAAGUUCAUGAGUCAGAGGAACAAGGGGAUAUAUUGGUGUUUCUUACAUCACCUUUAGAAACUGAAAAGUGUUGUGGAAGAUUUCAAAACUUGAUGAGAGGCAGACCUGUGAAUUAUGUCACAUUUCAGCUACAUGGUCGGUUGCAGGGUGACGAACAACAAAAAGUGUUCGACCCGGCUCCUGGCGGUAAACGGAAAAUUGUCUUUGCCACAAAUUGUGCUGAAACCUCUGUCACCAUUCCCGGAAUUAAGUAUGUUAUCGACACUGGUCUAGUAAAAGAAAUGAGGUUUGAUCCAGUGAGUAAGAUGAGUACCCUGGCAGUGACUAUGGUAACACAGAGCUCAGCUAAGCAAAGACAAGGCCGUGCAGGUCGAUUAGGCCCUGGUAAGUGUUACAGGUUGUAUACUGAGGAUGACUUUAAUAAGAUGAAUCCAGACACAGUUCCUGAAAUACUCCGUGUUCAUAUUGGUCAUGCCUUGUUAAAGCUGAUGGAACUAGGUGUUGAUCCAAUGGAAUUUGACUAUAUCCAGUCACCUUCAGUUGCUGCAAUGGAAGAAGCCCAUGCAUCCCUGCUACACAUCGGUGCAGUGUCGGGAAAGAAAAUUACAGAACUUGGGAAGUGGAUAGCCAAGAUGCCUUUUGAUCCAAAGUAUGGUGCUUUUGUUUACGAGGCGAUCCAAGAUGGAGCUGGAGUGGAAGCCAUAGUUGUAGCAGCAGCAAGUGGGACAAGUUCAGUGUUUUAUAGAGCAGGAACAAAUGAGGAAAAGGAAAAAGCUGACAAACAUAAGAUUAGAUUUUGUCAUGAAGGAGGUGAUCAGCUCACUCUGUUGAAUGUAUUUAGAGAAUGGCAUAAAGUACCUGAAAUACAAAAGGGAAGGUGGUGUGCUCGUCACUACAUCAAUGGUAAGUCAAUAAAAGGUAUUCGUGAAACAACUAAUGAAGUUUUACAUACAAUAAAGAAUGAAAUGAAAAAAGACAUUAAAUUCUCAUUCAGUGAACCAGAAACUGUGGAUUGCCUGUUGAUAGGUCUUUUACUCAAGUCAUUAAAAUUAAACUUGAGUCAUUAUCUGGGACAUGCCAAGGCAGGAUACAACAUUGUGGGGAAGGAACAGAGGGUUGAGGUUCAUCCAUCCUCAUCAUUGUUUGCUUUAGGCUCUCACCCAGAGUGGAUUGCAUUUGAUCAGGUUAUGAGAACUUCCAGAGAUUUUGCAAUGCAAGUGACACCCGUUUCUGAAACUUUAAUUAUGAAGGGAAUCGCUGAUGGAUGGCUUCAGCUGCAGCUUGAAGAGGCAAAGAAGAAACGGAUUAUUGUAGUAUCUCGGGAAUGUGUAGGAAGACAGCUGUUCAGAGAAUUUGUUGGACCCCGUUAUGUUGACUUGAGAAACUUCGAGACAGAUUUAGUGGCAAAAUUUCCAAAUUCUGUCGUGGUAGUUGAAGCAGAUUGGGAUCAAGGAGAAGUGAGAGUUUUAUCAAAUGAGAGAAAUAAGGAAGAUCUCUCUGGUAGGCUGCCACAAAUUCUUGCUCCGUUGAAAGCAAAUUUCAUGGCAGAAGAAAGUGAGGAACGUAUUGGACCUAAGUCAAUGGAUGUGUCUGUGAGAGCUGUUGUUGGUGCCGGAGGUUGUAUGCAUAAUGUCUUUAUGCCAGAGGAGUUCAGAAUAGUCAAGAUUCAUUGUACUAGAAAAAUACUGGAAGAAUUAUCAAAAGAAACUGUAUUACAAAAUUUUGGCCAGUAUGGAAAGAUACUAGAAUGUAAAAAAUACUACCAUAAGAUAAAGUCGCCAACUAUUUGGGGACAAAUCACAUUUGAGAAAACUGAAUCUGCAGUUAAAGCCGUCAGAGAAACCAAAGGUGAACCUGAUUUCUGUGCUCAUCCAAGUGUUCGCCUUCCACAACAUGGAAUAGAUGGUUUCAGGACGAAGAUUCAUUGGUGCAGAAGACGUUCCAAAGGGUUUGGGUUUGUAGAGUUUGUCAAUGUAGAGGAUUGUUUUGCAGCUCAAAGACAGUUUAACUUUCAUGUUGGUGGUUUACCUGUAAGAAUAAAAUGUGCCAGAAACUCUCGCACCGGUAUACAUGUUGCAGGAUUGGGACAACUUGUGACCGAAGAUGUUUUACGCCAAGCAUUUGCUCAAACACUGGGCAUUGAUUAUGAAAAAGACAUACAGAAAGUUACUGUGAUUAGAGAGAAGGUGAACUUAGAUGAAGAAAUGCUGCGCACCUUCAAGAGACGCCUCCAAAGAAGCAUUGAGGAAUUUGCUAAACCUGGCACAUUUCACCUGGAAGUAAAGGAGCCACGAUCAGAUAGGGAUGUGAACUUUAUAGCCUUUUGUGCCUUUAAUAAUCCUGAAGAGGGUCAUCGUGCAUGCACUGUGAUAAACAGAGAUUUUUGUUUGAAUAAUGAGAAAGUUUUUAUGAAGGCUGAUCUUUAUAGUUCUGUGUUUAUCCGUAAAGACGUCUUCAAGAAAAUUGGGGAUGAAGUUACGAGGCAAAUUCAGUCGAUGGAAAAUGUCAAUAGAGAAGUGAGGUUGAAAUUGAGGCAUUUGAAAAGUGAGAGUGUGGUAGUGGACUUGCACUCGGAGAAUGUUGAUUCCCUCUCUCAAACUCAGGAGGCGAUUCAGAAGGUCAUCAGAGGAGAAGUUAUUGACUGCGAGAAUCAUCAAGCAGCUCGGUCCCUGUUCACACGAGAUGGAAGGAAUAUGCUUCAAACUAUAAUGAACAAGACAGAAACUCUAAUAGUUCCCGAUGACAGAGUAAUGACAGUGGCCAUUCAUGGCUCGCCAGAAAACAAGCAGAUUGCAAGGAUUCAAAUAGAUGCAUACUUGCAACAACUUUCUCAAGGAAUUUCCAAAGAUGUGGAGUUGAAAGGCAAUGGGAAGCCUUCAGGAGUCCUGAAAGCAUUGAUACUGAAAUAUGGACUUGAUCUUAAUGGCAUGCAGACUGAAGCAAACCUUUCAGCUGUUAGUUUAGAUCUCAGGAAUCAUAGGUUAAGAGUUCAGGGACCAGAGAUGGCCAUCACCAAAGCAGUUGAUAUGGUGAACCAAAUGAUAACAAAUCUGGCAGCCAACAGUGUAGUGAGUCAGAGCCAAGAUGACCUGGACUGUGUGACUUGUUUCUGUCCUAUUGAAUUAGAGGAUCUUUACAGACUGGAAUGUUGCGGACAUUCGUAUUGUAAGGAAUGUAUAAAACUCCAGAUGGAUACUGCCAUCGCCGGGAAAGAGUUUCCUAUUGUAUGUGGAGAAGAGAAAUGUACAUCAAAGUUUGUCUGGAGGGACUUUGUUAAUCUCUCCCGCCAAGGACACAUCUCGAUGGCCAGACUUGUGGCAGCCUCUCUCGGUACAUUUGUCUCUCAGCAUAAGGAUGAGUACCACUAUUGUACGACUCCAGAUUGCCCUACUGUGUAUAGGGUAACGCAGGAAGGAGUUCCAUUUAUGUGUCCAGAAUGCAGUACCAAGAUCUGUACCAAGUGUCACGUUCAGUAUCACGAUGGGCUCUCCUGCACCAUGUAUAAGAGUAUGAAGGAAGAUGAUGGUAGCCUAACGUUAUGGUUAAUGCAGGAUAAAAAUAACAGAAAACUGUGUCCCAACUGUUCUACGGCCAUUGAGAAAAUUGCUGGGUGUAAUAAAAUGCUUUGUGGUGGAUGUAAAAAAUGCCUAUGUUGGGUAUGUAUGCAAAUAUUUAACACGGAACAGGAAUGCUAUGGACAUUUACAAAGAGUACAUGGUAGCUUUCAUUGAAGUGGGUAUUCCAAGUACAAUGUAUCGAUGUCUCUAUAAUAUAAUUACUGUAGAAGGUAAAAAAAAAAAUAAUCAUAUUAUU